AUGUCGUCCUCCAAGCUCAGAAGCUCCUCCUGCUUCCUCAACCUCCUCCUCUCCUCCCUGAAUGUUGUCCUCUUCCUCCUCGCCGCCGCCUCCCUCGUCCCCCUCCUCCUCCUCCGGCGACCGCCGUCGCCGUUCGGAUGGGCCCUGGUGACCGUCUCCGCCGCCACUCUCCUCUCCUCCUUCCUGGGCUUCUGCAGCGCCUUGCUCUGCCGCUGCUGCUCCGCCGGUCACGUCGCACUCGUAGUGGCCGCCUCCCUCGGCCAGGCCACCGCCGUCAUGGCGCUGCUGCUCCGGGAAGAGCGGAGCAUUUCCAUGGUGGCCUCGCAGCGGAGCCCGCGAGAGGCCCGGUUUCUUCUCCGGCUGGAGGCGGCGGCGCUGAUCUUGAUGUUCGUUGUUCAGUCGGCGGCGCUGAUCCUCUCCUGCGCCGUGCAGAUCUGCUGGCUGAGGGAUUACGAGGGGGCGGCAGAGGAGAGGGAGAGAGCGGCGUGGCGGCGCAGCCGGCGGAUGGCGCGUGUGCAGGAGGAGUCCAUGGCCAACGCCGCUGCCAUGGGAGAGGUCAAGGCGAGGGAGCUCGAGGAGAAGAUGAGGGUCAAGUAUGGGGAGUUGCCCAAGCAGGACAUGGAAGGCUGA